CAGUAGACACCUGAGCUGAGACAGAGAGAGAGAAAAGCUGACAGACAGUUCAGUUUAGAGAAUGCUUAGGAGAGAAACGCUUCCAUUAAACAGAGACACACAGGCAACUGGAGCAACAGGUAGAAGCUGUGAUAAGUGAAGAUAGACAUUAGUUAUAAUAUGCUCUCUCUGUAGACAUUUGCACCAUCUGACACUGGAGUCUAACACAACUUUCUUGAACAAUAAUUCUGUUUACUUCUAACAUGGGAGUCAAGCUCGGAGAUAACAAGGUAGAAAACAGAUCCAUGGCAGGCUGCCGGCAGGGAAUCUUCAACAACAUUAAGGUGUUUGUGUUUUGCCACGCUCUUCUACAGCUCUCUCAGCUCCUGUACAGCGCUUACUUUAAGAGCAGCCUAACCACCAUUGAAAAACGAUUUGGUCUUUCAAGUUUUUAUUCUGGCCUUCUCUCCAGUAUCCAUGAGAUCAGCAAUGCUGUGCUCAUUAUCUUUGUCAGCUAUUUUGGAAGUCGAGUUCAUAGACCACGUUUAAUUGGCCUGGGAGGUCUUAUGUUAGCAUUGGGAACAUUCCUUCUGACAGUGCCUCACUUUCUAUCAGGACAUUAUAACUACAAUGAGAUGGACAAUGGCAAUAGAACAUUUGCAAUUGCCGAGAUGUGUACCGAAGAAAACAGAACAUCUGCCUGUAGAACCCACGGCCAUCAAACACCACAAUCAACCAACCCAGAGGCUACCAACAUGUGGGCAGUAAUGGUGGUGGGGCAACUUCUGGCUGGGAUUGGUACUGUUCCUAUUCAACCUUUCGGAAUCUCUUAUGUAGAUGACUUUGCAGAACCAAAUAACUCUCCCUUGUAUAUUGCCAUUCUAUUUGCAGUUGCUGUGUUUGGACCAGCUUUUGGCUAUCUUCUGGGUUCCAUGGUGUUGAGGAUGUUUGUGGACAUUGGAAGAAUCAAACCUGAGGAUGUGAACUUGACCCCAACAGAUCCUCGCUGGAUAGGUGCAUGGUGGCUGGGUCUACUUAUUGCCUCAGGAUGUCUAGUUAUAACCUCCAUCCCUUAUUUCUUCUUUCCACGACACAUGAUAAGAAAUGAGAAAAGUGCAUCAGAAGGGAACGUUAUGAGAAAAAUGCAGAACAACAAAACGGAGGAAGACUCUUUAUCUGACUUUAUAAAAAAGUUUCCCCGCUACUUUGUUCGCCUUCUCAUGAACCCUCUCUUUUUGAUGCUGGUCUUGACUCAGUGCAGCUUCUCCUCUGUGAUCGCUGCAUUAUCUACUUUCCUUAACAAGUUUCUAGAGAAGCAAUAUGGCACUACUGCAUCUUACGCCAACCUACUCAUAGGCGCAGUCAAUCUGCCAGCAGCAGCUAUAGGAAUGCUAAUAGGAGGAAUCAUCAUGAAGAGAUAUUGUUUCUCCUUAAAGACCAUUCCUCGUUUUGCAAUUUCUGUCCUGCUUCUUUCUGUUCUGUUGUGUGUUCCUCUCUUCUUCAUGGGUUGUUCCACCCAGGAGCUCGGUGACAUUGAUUUAAAGAAUCCACACAGUGGAAGUUCUCGGACUUGUAAUCGUCACUGUGCAUGUCCAGAUACUACCUUCAAUCCUGUCUGUGGAUCUGACGGGGUUGAAUAUCUGUCUCCCUGUCACGCGGGCUGUAGAUCAUACAACACCUCCACAUUAGGAAAAACAUCUGUGACAUAUGUGAACUGCUCCUGUGUUGGUGGAGAUUUCACAGCAAAGACUGGAUCUUGCCUUGUUAGCUGCUCCCACCUUCUGUUGCCAGUCAUGUUCCUCAUCUCCUUUGCUGGACUUAUUGCUUGCCUGUCUCACAACCCCAUGUAUAUGAUGGUCUUACGGGUGGUACCUCAAGAUGAAAAGUCAUUUGCAAUUGGUGUUCAGUUUCUUCUUAUGAGACUUUUAGCCUGGCUGCCUGCACCUGCUCUGUUUGGACUUGUCAUUGAUUCUACCUGCAUAUGGUGGAGUAUGACCUGCCAGGGGAAGGGAGGAGCAUGCCGGUACUACAACAAUGAUCUACUGCGCAACAGGUACCUUGGUCUACAGAUGGGAUACAAAGUUUUGGGAAUAUUGCUGCUCAGUUUUAUUGUUUGGAAGGUUAAAAAGAGUAAAGAAUACAAUGUUCAAGAGAAGGAAGCUGGCUUGGCAUAGCCUUUCUCCCAGCCCUGAGACUGUUGUACUCAAACCUUUUGCUCUUCCCUAAGACUUGCUAUUCCUUGUGGUCCUGAAAUUAUAAGCAUUGCCAGAGUCCCUCCUAGCAAUGUGAGCUACAGCACAGAGAAGAAUUUAUGCUAUCAAGACAAAAAACUUUCAAAGACCCAAUUAAACCAAGGAGAUAAAAAGCUGCAUGUUUAUGAAAUUUUAUGUUCUUAGCAAACUUUCCUGUGAGAUGCAAAUAAUGAACAUAUUGCAUAUAUGUUACAGGAACACAUCACAGAACAUGACAAUAUUCAUAUCUCACCAACCCUUAUUUGCUUAGUUUAAUUUAGCUAGAAGAAAUCAGAAUUCUUUAUUUUAUCCGAGGUAUGAACUGUUGGGUUGUGUGAAGAUAUCACAUCAACAUGCAUGACUCCUUGUUUUACAAGAUGAAACAUUAUCUUUUUAUAGAUAAGAUGAAAAAGAUUGUGAACUAUAACAAAGAAAUGAAGAUAAAAGCAUGUCUGAGUUUCUAUCAGAUAUUAUGAUAUGGGGAUACUAAAUGUUUAUACUACCUAUGAACUUAGGUCAGUAGUCACCAUUUUGAAGAGAAAUUAGUGUAUUUUUUUUAAUCCUGUAGGGGAGCAGCGCGUUUCUCUAGAUAUAUUUGACAGUAUUAUUGUGUUUCAUUUUCAGUAGAUCAUAUAGAGUUUCAGCUGUCAUCAUCAGUUUGACUGACAGUGUUUUGCCAAAUUAUAUUCUAAAUACCCAUUCUUAUUGGUCUUUAUCAUCAUCUCAGAUAGCUAAGAACAAGUAUGUUAUGAAUCCGGUAGGCAACAGUGAGUCAGACUCAGAAUUUAGUGUAUGUACCAAAUUUUCACCAGUGAUUACAGUGAAAGUGCUCUGCUCAGGUAAUUUAUUACUAAAAACAGAUGUGCCCCUUAAAGUCAUUUCACCUUCAGCACUGUAGCUGGAAAUGAAUUCCUGAUCAUAAUCGCCCUACCAUUUGCAGGAAGGAACAGGCUUAUCUUGUGAAUGGUGGAUAACCGGGACUUUACUAAUGAAAGUGGCUUUGUAAAAGGUUACAGGGUUAUUCAAGGUUGCAAACUCAAGGAUAUGUGGUUGAAAUUAGAAAUAUAAAAUGAUUAUAGUAUAUGGCUUUAGCAGAGAUUGGCUAAAUAGACCUCAGUCGGAAGAUUUGACAAGGUUAAGAUAUUUAUUUGGGAUUUUUUUUAAAUUGAAUUCAUUUUAGUAAAAAAACAUUUAUAGGGGACAUCCAUCUAACUUCUGAUUAAAAAACGUAAACUAAUUGGCUCCCUUGUAACGUAUUGCAGCCCUCUCUAGAUGACAAAGUGCUAUUCAUUAUGCGUUUCAUUUCUGCUAUAUAAUUAUUUUAAAUAAUUAGAUAGAAUUGAGAGUUUCUAAUGCUUUGCUUAUGGUUUAUUUGAAAUGUUAAAAAAAAUCCUUUUGUGAUCUGAGUAUUUAAAUAAUUUCCUUCACCAGAGAGCUUUGAAGCUCAUUUCUGCAUAUGGCAUUAAUAAUAGUUUUAAGGCGGAAACUAUACCGGAAUACUCAGUAUAGUGCUGCCACCUUAUGGAGUUUGGUAUAAUGAAUUUGUAAAUGACAGAAACACACUGUAAGAUUUCCCAAACUAUGUGUUAGCUUGUUUCAAGGGUUAAAAUAUUAAUGUUUUCCAUUUGAUCUUUAUAAGUAUUUCUGUUGCAGUGUCUACCUCUUUUGAGAAGCUGGCCCUUCUUUUACAUCACAUCCUGUGAAAGACUCUCUGUGAGCUUCCGAAACUCCUUUUUUUCUAGUAUAGCACAUAUUGAUUUAUUAUACACCAAAAAUAGAAAUAAAUGUAUCCACGUAGUUUUAGGUUUCCAACUAUUACAUCUAUAAGCAGAUGAGCAAUAGUUAUUUGCAUGUCCCUACCCAGAAUCCUUUGCUGAAGCAUAGUGUGGUGAGUUUACUGGAAACCUUGUUUUCGAUAUCAUUAAGGCAUUUAGAUAAGUUCUACAGUGAAUUCCUUUGACCAGCUGCAACUCAUUUUGUAUGUAUCACAACAAAAUGCCAAUUGUAUAUAAAUCUGUUUGUAAUUUUUCUUUAUGCCACUUUGCUAUUAAUCUGUUCACUGGGAUGACAUUGACUACUAUUCACUCACAAUGUCAAUUUUUGUGUACAAAAAACAUAGACUUGCAAUUAGGUGCAGAGGUUAAUUGAAAUAUGUACACUAAUAUAUUUUGUUUAUUUUAUAUGUACAUCUACAACCAGACCCUGCUUUAUCUGUUUGCUGGUAAAGAGGUCCAAUGUAGAUUGGUUGCCGUAAACUUCUUCGGUAACCAUUACUGUCCUGCUGAGGGCAUUUGUAUUUUGUAUGAAGAAAUAUUUUGUUAAACCUAACACUGGUAUAAUAUACAUGUUUUCUUAUAAAUUAUAUAUAUAAAAAACAUUUAUAUCUA